ACUCAACCUCGGCAUAUAAAACCCAGCCCAGUGUGUCCAGGCUCCUCAGUAGACGCCACACUAACAAGAGAUGGGGCUUCUAACGUUUGUUGCUCUCGGAGGAGGAGCAGCGGUGGGUGUUAUCGGGGCUCCUUUUGUUCUGGGAGCCAUAGGCUUCACCUCAGCUGGCAUAGCAGCAGGUUCCUAUGCUGCUGGCAUGAUGUCGGCUGCUGCAGUUGCUAACGGAGGAGCAGUGGCAGCAGGAAGCACCGUGGCUGUUUUGCAGGCAGCAGGUGCAGCUGGUCUGUCAACAGCUGCCACUGCAGCUGUGGCCAGCGCUGGAUCAGGCAUCGUAGGAACUGUGUUAGGACUGGCUGCACUUAUCUGAGAAUUAUGAAGGACCAAUUUAAAUAUAUAAGAACAUAAACAAGUGUUUUUUUCUUCUUUUUUUUCAACUUUUGCCAAUUAAUGAGGCAAUUGGAAAUGACACCAUUUAAUUUACUAAGCAGCACUUUUGUCAUCUCAGACAAGUGAUAUGUUUUGUUCAAUAAAUCUGUGUAACCUGUGAAA